GUAGAAACGAACGCAAGAUGGCGGCACUGAUCCUUCCUGUCAGUUUUCAGCCGUUACGUGUUUCCUCCCCGAGCGCCGGAAGUAGAUCUGUCCAACGGCCGUCCAGAAGUUUUUAACACAAACAGAGGAAAUCCAGGAUGUUUUACUGCAGCGGCAGCGGCGGUUCCGAUCCACUCAGCAUGUCUAAAAGCGGCAUCCUGAGAGGAAUCAUCACCGAGAAGCUGAGCACCGCCGCCCGGGAGAUCAUAGCGGUGGUGGAGCGGACCGUAGCCGACUACGAGAAGGAGGCGUCGGGCUUCAGACGGGAGAUCGACCGCCAGAGGAGGCAGCUGGAGCUGCUGCAGCCGCAGGUCAAGCUGCACAGAGGAGCCAAAGCGGGGCUCCGGGACCCGCAGAGCCACGAACUGGUGGUUGUAGGUGAGGAGCAGCGGCAGCACCCAGAUGGGCGGGACUCUGGCAGCCUGGACUUCCUGUGGUACGGUGAUGAUGACCAUGAUGAAGACAUUCAACCUGUGGUUCCGGUGACUCCGCGGUCCAGACCGAAACGGGAGGAUCUGACGGACCCAGAUUAUGAGAUAUCGCCAAGGUCGUUUCCAUCCAGAGUCCGAUCUGAGAAGAGGAGAGCCAGUAAACCUCUGAACUCCCUGACCCACCUGGACUUCCGGGUCCGGGUUCUGGACAACCCUGAGACCGAGGUGCUCUCCAACAUCGUGUUUCAGAAGAAUCCCAUUCAGAACUUCAGCUGUCCUCGGGAUCUGCAGGAGUCGGACUUCCUGGACCUGCUGCGGUCCUCCGUCCCUCAGCUGGCUGCAGGAGAACCGUUUGACCUGUUCAUAACCGAUACCAGCAGGAAGCUGCACCCGCUGAGGGUCAGCGCUCUGACCCCUGAGGAGAUCUACAGGACCAUCCGAUCCAACGGGAACUCCGCCCUCUACGUCCGCCUGAAGACAGCAGUCACUCCUCAGAGCAGCAGCAGUGAUGUUCUCCAUCAGCUGGAUGAGGAGUUGAGCGUCAGCUCUGCCACGCCUUCCAGCGAUCGAACCGAGGAGAACCUGAGGUUGUCGUCUCCCGUCCAUCUGCCUCAGAGGAGGCGGCGGGGCCGACCGCGCGCCGGGGAGGCGCCGGCUCACCACUUCCUCAGAGUCUGUGUGUUGGAGGACAACCAGUCAGAAGCUCCCACUGAAACCGAGCUGCAGACGUCGUCGGUGCAGGAGCUGAAAUGUCCUCGAAGGAUGCAGGAGGCCGAGUUCUUGGACCUGCUGAGGCUCACCUUCCCUCAGCUGGUUGGAGACGACAGAAAGAUCAACGUGUUCAAGUCGGACCGCAGCAGGAAGCUGCAGAAGCUCAGAAUGAGCAGCUUGACGCCAGAGGAGAUCUACAGGAGCACGAGGUCCACCGGGUCCAAGAAGUCCGUCCUCUACAUCAAACUGAAGACAGGAAAAGGUGAUGAAAGUGAAAACGAGGAGCAGAACCUUCAGCUGGUGAAGGAUGAACCUCAGCCCACUGACUGUGUGGUUCUGGAGGACGAAACCGCCCCGCUGCAAAGCCCUGAGGAUCUGGACCGAACCAGAGGGUCGGGGCAUGCAGCUGCGAGCGACGCGGGUUCUGGAGGGGAAAACGAGGCGCUGCGAGACGACGAUGAUGAGUGGGAUCCAAACGCCGAAGAUCUGGAGGAAGGUGACGAUCCACAGCCAAAAAGAAGGACCUACAAAGGCCCCAGGCGCUACAUGGAGAACGGCAGGGAGAGCAAGGUGGUGUGCCAGGUGUGCGGCGUGUGGUACCGGACAAUAUCGGGUUUGACCAGACACGCCUGGGCGCACAUUGGAGACCCAAAGAGCCUCUGCGGGGUGUGUGGAGAGACAUUCAGUUCUGUGGAAGACAUGAAGGUACAUUUUGAAGUUCACCAAAAGAUCCAUGACUGUUCGUACUGCGGGAAGGGGUUCUUCACCGCCUCGGGCCUGAAGAACCACGUCUCCCUGCACACGGGAGAGCGGCAGUUCAAAUGCAGCCACUGCAGCAAAACCUUCGCUGUCCAGUCCGCCCUGAACGUCCACCUCUGGAUCCACGUGGAAGACCGGCCACACAAGUGUGACUUGUGUCCAAAGACGUUUGGACUUAGAGGCCAGCUCACGGCUCACAAGAAGAGCCACGUGAGUCGGGACCGGUACCUCUGUAACAUCUGCGGCCGGUCCGUCAGCGACCUCAGGUCUCUGACUCGCCACAAGUUGACGCACUCAAACGAGCGCCACUACGGCUGCAAGGUCUGCGGGAAGCGCUUCAAGCUGGAGCACACCCUGAAGGAGCACAUGAAGGUCCACACCACCAGGGACCGGAUGUUCCUGUGCCACAUCUGCUGCAAGACCUUCCUGUCCAACAACGCCCUGAUGGGCCACAUGAAGACCCACAGCGGCGAGCGGCCGUUCGGCUGCAUCGUCUGCAGCAAGAGCUUCUUCAACAAGUAUGACCUCCAGAAACACAUGCGGGUUCACACCGGGGAGACACCGUACGGCUGCUCCCACUGCGGCCGCCACUUCAAGCUGAAGAGCACCCUGAACGUCCACAUCCAGAGUCACCUGGGCAUCAAGCGGUUCAGCUGCGGCGUGUGUGGCAAAGCGUGUUCUCGACAGGAGCACCUGAAUGUCCACAUGAGGACCCACAACGGAGAGAGACCCUACAGAUGUUCCUUCUGCGACAAAGCCUUCACCCAGAGUCACUGCCUGAAAACUCACAUGAAGAGCUACCAUCCUGAGCAUGUCGUCUUCCAAGAACCGUCGACUUCCUUCAUCCAGCCACUGGUCACUGACGGAACGACCGACGGAACGACUGACGGAACGACCGAAUUAACGACCGAAUUAACGACUGACGGGACGACCGAAUUAACGACUGACGGGACGACCGAAUUAACGACUGAGGGAUCGGUCGAAUUAAUGACAGCCGGACCGACCGACGGACUCUAAGGUUUUUGUCUCUGGUAGUUUGGAUUGUUGGUGCCAAUGCUGUAAAUCUAGACAACAAGGAUCUUAGCAGCUUUAGUUACAGAGUUGAUUUCUUAACCUUGUUGAAACUCUUAUUAGCCGUUCUCUGGUUAGCGUUACAGAAGGAGUCGGGUUAAAGGUCGCAGUCUGGAAAAAAUCUAAACAUUGUGCGAAAAGAAGUAUCCAAUUUAAAUAUCAAAAUCCACAAUAACAAUCUUUUUUUCUGGUUUUCUGUUGCUUUAGUUUAACUGUGACAAUUUUUUUUUGUUGACCUUAGAAACAGAAAACAUUCCAACGUUUGAUUUUAUAUCACAUUUACUGAGGUUAACGGUUUAACUCACAGCAAAAUGUCCUCACGGUUCAUGAAGGGCAAUAAACAAAUGUUUCCUAUCAGAAUCUGGUGAUUUAUUUUUCUUUAUUAGCUUAAAGGGGCUAAUUUGCACUAGCAUAAAGCUAUUUUGAGGAAAACCCAACCAAGGGAGUCUAAGGCUUUUAUCUUUGCUAGCGUAGUUUGUAGCCAAUACUGUGUCUUGUAUAUCUAGAAAACAAGCGUUGUAGCAGUUUAAUCUACAUAAUUGAUUUCUUAAUUUGGUUGAAACUGCUUUUUAGCAUUUCAAAGAAAACAUCGGGUUAAAGGUUGUGUUACAACCUGAAGGGUUAAAAUCCAAACAGCAACGUUAUAACAGAUUUAAACAUCAGAAACUACAAGCAGAACCUUUUGUCUGGUUUUCUAUUGCUUUAGUUCUACUGUGAUCAUUAUCUAAUGCUAAAUGCUAACUCAGACCAAUUUCAAUUGGUCCGAGUUAAAAGUCGUGAAGAACCAAGACAACAAUAAAAAUCACAGCAGAAGAAAAAGAAAACGACAGAAUCCAACAGCAGAAAUAAGAAAAUAUCUGGUUUCAGUUCGGUUUUCUGUCAGGAAUUAUUUCACGGAGCAAAAGGAAACGGGAUGAAAACAGUUUUCAGGCUGUUUCUGAGAAAUAAUUGUUUCAUUUUGUUUUAAGCUUCUCACUGUAAAGAAAAUCAAUUUAAUUAAUCAAUAGUUAUCAAUAAUCUUCUGUUCUAAGUUGUUCUGUGUGUGAAAACAACUGAACUGGACAGAAACCUGGACAGAGUUCCUUCGGUCAUUUUUAGGGAAACCAACCGGUUGUCUGGUUUCGUCUUUCUGUUGCUUCAUGACUCGUGUAAACAAUAAAAACCGGAUCUGAUCAGUUCUGUCCUGUUUUUGUAUCGACCCGUUUCAAUAAAACACUAAGCCUCAGA